AUGGCACGCGAGGCGUUCGUGCACGGGGAAGGCAGCCCCGAGGGCGGCGCAGCGGCAGGCGAGGGGGGCACGGGCCGGGACUACUUCACCCCGCUGUGGAGGACGAAGGGCGCGCACUCCAUGGCGGGCGGGCUGCUGCAGCCCUCCGCUACUGCUGCUCUCGGAGCGACGGGGGGCAUCCCCGGGUCUAACCUGGUGGAGAGCGAGGGCUUCGUGCCGCUUCGGAAGGCGCGGUCGGAGGCGGUGACAAACAUGCAGGCCCGCUUCUCCUUCAACAGCAAGGCGGCUCAAGAGACGUACGCCGAGGCCUGGGACAAGAGAGAUCCGUGGCGCAUGCUCAAGAAGAACGUCAGCUUCGCGGCGCCCCAGAAGGGAACAAUGCAGGAGCCGGGGAUGGCCCCGGAGAUUGCGGCCGCCAAAGUUAGGGCCCGUGACGCCAAGGCCGUCGUCGUGGUGGACCCCUUUUCGUCCGGCGCUCUCCUUGCCAAAAGGGUGAUCGCUGAGGGGUACCGGUGCGUCCGCGUUUUCAGCGUCAUGGACUCGCCGGUGGCCAAGCUCGUGCAGGAAGGGACCGUGCUCGAGUUCGACGCCACCUUCCAGCUUGAUGACAGGUCGCCGGACCCUGAGGCCUCCAUCGCGGAACUUCUCGGAGAGCUCAGCCUUUUGCCAUGGGGCAUCGCCGCCGUCAUGCCCGGGGCGGAGACCGGGGUGGAGCUCGCCGACAUCCUGUCGAGCCGGCUUGGGCUUGCCUCCAACGGGGAGGAGCUCAGCCUGUGCCGCAGGAACAAGCACCUCAUGGCAGAGCAGGUGAGGAGUCACGAGGUCCGGGCUGUUCGCCAGAUGCUGGCCCGCUCGUGGGACGACUGCGAAGCGUUUCUCCAGGACUGGAACCCUGACCCCUUCAAGGCCGUGGUGAAGCCCCUCGAGAGCGCCGGGUCGGACGACGUGUACCUGUGCCGCAGCCUCGAGGACGUGAAGGAGGCGUUCUCGGUCAUCGACGGCAAGGUGAACGGUCUGGGAGGCGUGAAUGAGGGGGCUCUGGUCCAAGAGUACCUGGACGGAACCGAGUACGUGGUGGACAGCGUCAGCAGGGACGGCGUCCACCGCAUCUGCGCCAUCUGGGAGUACGACAAGCGCUCGGUCAACGGGGCGAACUUCGUCUACUUCGGCAUGAAGCUCAACUCCGCAAAGGGGGACAGGGAGAGGGCCAUCGUCGACUACGCGGUCAAGGUGUUGGACGCCAUGGGAGUCGUCCACGGUCCGGGGCACAUGGAGGUUAAGUUCACGACGACCGGACCCUGCCUCGUCGAGGUCGGCACGCGCUGCCACGGGGGGGAGGGCACCUGGCAGGCCAUCGCGGACGAGUGCCUCGGCUACAACCAGAUCGACAUGACGUUCAACUCCUACCUCAAGCCGUCGGCGUGGGAGGCGAUGCCGAUGCGGCCGAUGGACCUCAAGAAGGCGGGGCGGGAGGUGUUCUUCGUGUCGCGGCAGAGCGGGAUGCUCCGCGCCCUGCCCGGCCUGGAGGAGAUCCAGAAGUUCGAGUCGUUCCGAAGACAGGAGGUGGUGGCGAAGCCGCGGGAUUUCGUGUACCAGACGGUGGAUUGCUUCACCAGGCCCGGGUCGGUCCAGAUGGUGCACGAGGAGGAGGCGACGGUGUUGAGGGAGUACGAGCGGGUCCGAUCGCUGGAGAAGCGGGGCCUCUUCGACUUCGAGGUGGUGUGCCCCACGCCCCUGCCCACGGCCGCCGUGGUGGUGGUCGACCCGUUCUCGUCCGGCUCCAUCCUGGCCGCGCGGGUGCUGCACUGCAAGCUGCGCCUCGUCAUGGUGUUUUCGGAGGUGGAUUCUCCCGUCGCGAACCUGGUCCAGCAAGGCACGAACCUCCGGCCAGACAUGACCAUCCAGCACGACGACCAUCACGAGGACCCCGAGUUGGCGAUCCAGCAGACCAUGCAGUCCAUUGCGGAGCUGCCGCACCCCGUUAUCGCCAUCCUCCCGGGGGCGGAGACGGGGGUCGACUUGUCGGACAAGCUCGCCGCUCGGCUUGGGACCCGGAACAACGGGGAGGAGUUCACGGAGGUGAGGAGCCACGGCGUCCGGGCCGCGAGGCAAUGCUUGGCCAGAACCGGGGACCAGGUAACCGCCUUCCUAGACGACUGGAACCCGCCGUCCCCGUGGAAGGCCGUGGUGAAGCCGCUCGACAGCGCGGGGUCGGACGACGUUUUCCUGGUGGAAACCCGCGAGGAGGCGGUCCGAUGUUUCGAGAUCAUCGACGGAAAGGUGAACGGUCUGGGAGGCGUGAAUGAGGGGGCGUUGGUCAUGGAGUACCUGGACGGCACCGAGUACGUGGUGGACAGCGUCAGCAGGGACGGCGUCCACCGCAUCUGCGCCAUCUGGGAGUACGACAAGCGCUCGGUCAACGGGGCGAACUUCGUCUACUUCGGCAUGGAGCUCAAGCCGGCCACCGCCAAGGUUGAGCACGAAGUGGCGGAGUACGCAAGGCUUGUGCUGGAUGCCAUGGGCAUUGAGAACGGCCCUGGCCACAUGGAGGUAAAAUACACAUCGACCGGACCCUGCCUGGUGGAGGUGGGGAGUCGGUGCCACGGAGGGGAGGGCACUUGGCAGCCCAUUGCGCAGGAGUGUCUUGGCUACAACCAGAUCGACGCCACGCUGGACUCGUACAUCAAGCCGGACGUUUUCGAGCAGAUUCCCCUGGAGCCCAACGACAUGGCCAAGACCGGGAAGGAGGUCUUCCUCGUCUCCAAGCAGGAGGGGAGGAUCGCCCGCGUACCCGGGGUGGACAUCAUCCGUGGCCUUGCUUCUUUCCGGACUUUGGAAAUGACCGCACAGCCGGGGUCCUACCUGAGGAAGACGGUGGACUGCUUCACUAGGCCGGGGGCAGUUCAGCUCGUCAACGAGGACAAGGAGCAGCUGAUGGCCGACUAUCUCAGGGUCCGCGAGCUGGAAGACUCGGGUAUGUUCGAGCUCGCCGCCGAGGACGCGGACGGGGGCAUCAACGCCGCCAGGCUGGCGGCCGCCUCGCCGAGAGCGGGAGCGCAGCGCUGCGGGUCCUACGACGGGCGAUCGGAGCACUCGAGCACGCUCGCCGCGGCCUCCUCCACCACCGCUGGUGGCGGUACCUCGGCCCGAGAUCGGACCUUCUCGAGCAGCAACCCGGUGCUCGUCUGAGCGUCUUGUCGGACGCGGUUCGCGGUUUGCCUGGAGGCAUAGGCCACCCGGCUGGAGCAAGGGGCGCACUGUGAAUCGUCGGGGUUUGUUUCGUGUGUUUCAAGACGGAGGCGUUUUGCGGACGCGGCAGUGGGGUAGCGGCGCCUCUCCCGAGGACGCCCGCUCCACCGUUCAAAUGAAAAUGCUGUUGUUUUUGGUCGUCGAUGGCGGUCCGUGUUUGGGUUGUCUUGUCAGUGAUCAACCGUUAUUUCCCCGAGGUCUUCUGUUAUGCUGGUGACGGGACUCCAGGCCACUCGUUCGUGUGCUUCUUCGAUGUGAAUCACAGGGCAGCCGUCAAGCCUCUUUUUAUCAGUUCUUGCAGUUCCUUGUCGAGGUUUUGAGGGCGGGAAGGCGCUUUUUUGUUUGUGGGAGUCACGGCUCAGCGAGAGAGCUCUUCUUUGUAAUCUAUAGCUACGCUUCUUUGAAGCUUUUUGUUUAGGGGGUGGCAGCAGGAGAGCAUGUGUGUGUCUGUUGGCGUAUUAUGUUGGCGUUGGUGCUGUGGUGGGGAGGUGCAUGUGGCGCGCUCGCGGGAGGGUGUGCUUCUCAAUCAAGGAAGUUGUGAUGCAUUGCACGUUUCGUGCGAUCCGCUUAUAUUAUUUGUAGUUCUCGCCUGGUCCCGCGGGCGUAUUUAGUAUGUGCACGUUGUUUACGGGAGUGCCCGCGUACUUGCCUGCAAGCUACCUUCUAUUCCGAUAGCUUGUUUGUGUCUGUCUUCCGCAUAUGUGUUGUAAUUUUUGUAGCGAGCUGGGUUGGUUUGCGGCGAGCAGCGUGUGAUGAGAGACGGGGGAGCUGGGACGACAGUAUGUCCUGCCAGAUCUUGUACUACGGUACAGCAGUUGUUGCCAACCCGUCCACUCAUUUUUGGAAGGUACACGUUUCAGUGGCGGACAAGCUGCUGGUGUAGCGCAGUACCUGUUUUGUCUGAGUCGGAAAUUGAGAGUUUUGCCUGUUGACGUGAGAUGUGUUGUUGUUUUGGUGUUGGGGAAGGGGGAGAGAUAUGGACUGGAACAAAAACUGGAGCAGAGCUCACGAUAUAUCCGGUCAGGCGGUCGAGGAUCAUUUGUCACAGAUGGAAAGGGGCAGGGGAGGGGGGAUUUUGUGGGUUCUGCUAUCCGGUGGAUAGCAGUACUGGGGGGGAUUGCCACGCGUGGAGGGGUCCACACCGGAUCGACUACAUGUGGGUGUUGGAAUCGGGUGCGUGGAGACAUACUAGUCUAUGCAUAAUAAUAAGUUGGAUGAGAUGGGGCGCUAAGAAUCCUCACCCCGUGCAUCAUCCUACGUUCUCACUUAAAUUGCACAAGUUUUUUUUUUUUUUUGUGAGACAAGGGCAAGACGAAGGUAUUGGACUAGUUGCACGGGUACUGGGUUGCGAUACAAAAGGCAGAACGACGAAUUCGUCACGAUCUGCUUCUUCUCGUCGAAGAAAACUCUUGCCGGUGUUCCUGGCCCUGGUUGCCGGGCAUGGGUUCGCAUCAUCGCAAGAAGAGUAGGAGGACCAGACUACGACAGUACCGUAAUGACACGAACGAGUGAAAGUGAACUCUCCGGUGUGAUGUCUGUUUUCUCUGUGGUUAGUUGUGGCACCAUGCCAGAACACAGAUGGAUUGGUGGAAUGACAUUCUUUCUUCGAAGGCACCCCUGUUCGGGAAGACCAGCUGCCAUCAGUUGGUGGUGCGAUGCCUGUUAUGGUAUUUGUAGCGUUGAUGUUUUCUUUUGUUUUUUGUGUCUUUUGUCCUUGUCCCCCUGUUUUCAUUCCUCGUCCCCGUCUUUUCCUUCUCUAUCGUUCCUUUUGGUUGGGUCUUGCGACUCAUCGUGUGAGAGGUGUGGGAGGGUGAUUCUUGGUAUUUUGGAGCUCCACAUCCAUCCUCGAUCCUUUCAUAUUGGAAUUCGACAAUUAUUUGUCAAGUUCCUAGGAUUCAAGUAUCUGGGUAUGAGAACCUCCAGGGUGGGCUAGUGUUAUGGGAUUUGAAUGUAGCCAGUGUCAACGGUAUUGCGGAGUAAUUCCCAGAGGAACGUGCGGGAGAUGUAACUCCCGAUGGAAGGAUAAAACAUGGGACAGGACCUUU